GCUUGAGUGAGGCGUGCUGUGGACUUCCGGGCGAGGGCUGGACUCCUGGGUACCAUGUGGGAGCUGCUGUGAAGCGUUGUGAGCGACUGAGUUCUGCCCGAAGUCACCUCCGGCUCACCUGUGUUUUUAGAAAAUCCCCUGGCGUGAGAGAUGACGUCUUUAGCCCAGCAGCUUCAGCGACUCGCCCUCCCUCAGAGUGAUCCCAGUCUCCUGUCUAGAGAUGAAGUUGCCUCUUUGUUGUUUGACCCCAAGGAAGCGGCCACCAUCGACAGAGACACCGUUUUUGCCAUUGGAUGCACUGGCCUAGAAGAGCUGCUUGGAAUCGACCCUUCCUUUGAGCAAUUUGAAGCACCGCUGUUCAGCCAGCUAGCGAAAACCUUGGAGCGCAGUGUUCAGACCAAAGCAGUGAACAAACAGCUGGAUGAAAACAUUUCUUUAUUCCUUAUUCAUCUGUCUCCUUACUUUCUGCUGAAACCAGCUCAGAAGUGUCUGGAGUGGUUAAUUCACAGGUUCCAUAUUCAUCUUUAUAAUCAAGACAGCCUCAUUGGUUGUGUUCUGCCAUACCAUGAGACCAAAAUAUUUGUGCGGGUUAUACAACUUCUAAAAAUUAAUAACUCAAAACACAAAUGGUUCUGGUUGCUGCCAAGUAAGCAAUCUGGAGUGCCCUUAGCUAAAGGAACUUUAAUUACCCACUGCUACAAAGAUCUUGGAUUCAUGGAUUUCAUUUGUAGUCUGGUGACAAAAUCUGUGAAGGUAUUUGCUGAGUAUCCUGGGAGUUCAGCUCAGUUGAGGGUGCUCUUAACAUUUUAUGCUUCUACCAUCGUGUCUGCUUUAGUGACUGCAGAGGACAUCUCAGACAAUGUAGUUGCCAAGCUAUUUCCCUAUCUCCAAAAGGGAUUGAAAUCAUCUUUACCAGAUUACAGAGCUGCAACAUACAUGAUAAUAUGUCAGAUUUCUGUGAAAGUAACAAUGGAAGAGACCUUUGUUAAUUCACUGGCUUCACAGAUCAUCAGAACAUUGACCAAAAUUCCCUCUUUGAUCAAGGAUGGAUUAGGUUGUUUGAUAGUGCUCCUGCAGCGACAGAAACCAGAGAGCCUUGGGAAAAAGCCCUUUCCUCAUUUGUGUAAUGUUCCUGAUCUUAUUACAAUACUUCAAGGGAUUUCUGAAAAAUAUGACAUCAGUCCUCUUCUGCGUUACAUGCUUCCCCAUCUGAUUAUCUCCAUCAUCAAUCACGUGGCAGGAGAAGAAACUGAAGGUAUGGAUGGUCAGAUCUACAGGAGACACUUAGAAGCUAUACUGACUAAUAUAUCACUGAAGAACAACUUAGACCAUAUGUUGGCUAGCCUUCUUUUUGAAGAGUAUAUCUCAUGUAGGUCACAGGAAGAAAUGGAUCUUAGUAAAGUGUCUUUGCUUAAUGAACAGUUUCUUCCACUCAUCAGACUUUUAGAAAGCAAAUAUCCCAGAACAUUGGACGUUGUAUUAGAAGAACGCCUAAAGGAAAUUUCAGAUCUAAAUAAACAAGAGAUUUUUCACCAAUUUAUCUCUCUUUCUACAAGUGGAGGGAAGUACCAGUUUUUAGCAGAUUCUGAUACUUCCUUGAUGCUCAGUCUGAAUCAUCCACUUGCUCCUGUGCGACUUCUGGCCAUUAAUCAUCUGAAAAAUAUCAUGGAAACAUCAAAGGAGAGUAUUGAUGAGUCUUUCAUAAAAGAAGCUGUUUUAACUCGAUUAGGUGAUGAUAACAUAGAUGUUGUUUUGUCAGCUAUAAAUGCUUUUGAGAUUUUCAAACAACAUUUUAGUUCAGAGGUGACUGUUUCAAAUCUUUUGAACCUUUUUAGAAGAGCAGAACUUUCAAAGAAUAGAGGAUGGUACAAGGUACUUGAGAUAGCAGCAGACAUAUUAAUUAAAGAAGAGAUACUGAGUGAAAGUGAUCAGUUCUCAAACCAGGUGGUUGUUCAUCUAUUGCCGUUUAUGAUCAUCAGUACUGAUGAUAGGGAAUCUGCUGAGUUGAAAAUGGCUAUAUAUUUAUCAAAAUCAGGAAUUUGCUCUCUGCAUCCUAUAUUAAAAGGCUGGAAAGAAGCUCUUGAAAAUGUCAUUAAAAGCACAAAGUCAGGAAAAUUAAUUGGUGUAGCAAAUCAGAAGAUGAUUGAGUUGUUGGCUGGCAAUAUAAAUUCAGGGAAUCCAUCUUCUAUGUUAAAGAUGGUGGAGGAUUUGAUAAGUGUUGGGGAAAAAGAGUCCUUUAAUCUGAAGCAGAAAGUGACUUUUCAUGUGAUCACAGCUGUUCUUGUUGCUUGUUGUUCAUCUUUAAAAGAAACGCACUUUCCCUUUGCAAUAAGAGUCUUCAGUUUGUUGCAGAAAAAAAUAAAGAAGCUCAGAAGUGUGAUAUCCGCAGUGGAAAUCCCCACAGAAUGGCAUUUUGAGCUAAUGAUGGACAGAGGGCUGCCAGUGGAACUGUGGGCACAUUACAUAGAACAGCUCAACACUGCCCAGAGGAUUCCUGUGGAGGAUUCUGUUUUACUUGUUUUUUCACUGAAAAAUUUUAUUCAUGCACUAAAGGCUCCUAAAUCUUUUCCUAAAGAUGCUAUAUGGUGGAAUCCUGAACAACUGAAAGAAGAUAGCAGAGACUAUCUGCACUUACUUAUUGGGCUUUUUGAGAUGAUACUCAGUGGUGCUGAUGCCACUCAUUUCAGGGUACUGAUGAAACUUUUCAUACAGGUGCAUCUUGGAGAUGUUUUUCAGUUAUUCAAGUUUUUUUCUGUUUUGUGGACCUAUGGUUCUAGCCUUUCAAAUCCACUUAAUUGCUGCGUGAAAACAGUGCUGCAGACUCAAGCUCUUUAUAUAGGUUGUGCAAUGCUGUCUUCUCAGAAGGCACAGUAUAAACAUCAGCUGGCAUCCACAUCUUCUCCAGUGGUGACAUCGCUACUCAUUAAUCUGGGAAGCCCCAUAAAGGAAGUACGGAGGGCUGCCAUUUAUUGUCUCCAGACCCUCAGUGGAGUGGCAUCCCAGUUUCAACUGGUGAUAGAUCAUUUGGUUCCUAAAGCAGAGGAGAUCACCUCAGAUGCCUCCUAUGUUGUUCAGGAUUUGGCUACUUUAUUUGAGGAACUACAAAGGGAGAAGAAAGUGAAAUCUCAUCAGAAGUUGUCUGAAACUUUGAAAAACAUACUUUAUUGUGUAUAUAGCAGCCCAUCUUACAUUGCAAAAGAUUUGAUGAAAAUACUGCAGAAAGUCAACAGUGAGAUGGUGCUUUCUCAGCUAUUGCCUAUGGCUGAACAACUACUAGAAAAGAUCCAGAAGGAGCCCACAGCUGUCCUGAAAGAUGAGGCCAUUGUUUUGCAACUUAUUCUGGGAAAAUAUAAUGAAUAUUCAGCUUCUCUUUUACAUAAAGACCCCAAGAGUCUAGAUCUCUUUAUAAAAGCUGUGCAUACAACAAAGGAACUUCAUGCAGGAAUGCCAGCCAUUCAGAUCACAGCCCUCGAAAAGAUUACAAAGCCCUUUUUUGCAGCUAUAUCGGAUGAAAAAGUUCAGCAGAAGCUUUUGUGCAUGUUGUUUGACUUAUUAGUGAACUGUAAAAAUUCACAUUGUGUUCAGACUAUUAGUAGUGUGUUUAAAGGGAUUUCUGUUAAUGCGGAACAAGUCAGAAUAGAACUGGAGCCACCAGAUAAAACUAAGUCCUUAGGCACAAUCCAGCAAACAAGAAGGCAGAAAAUGCAACAGAAAAAAUCACAAGAUCUGGAAUCUGUUCAGGAAGUUGGAGGUUCUUACUGGCAAAGAGUAACCCUCAUCCUAGAAUUGCUACAGCACAAAAAGAAACUCAAAAAUCCUCAGAUACUGAUACCAACUCUUUUUAGUCUGCUAUCAAGAUGUUUAGAGCCUUUGCCACCAGAGCAGGGAAAUAUGGAAUAUACCAAACAAUUAAUUCUGAGUUGUUUACUCAACAUCUGCCAAAAACUCUCACCAGAUGGUGGCAAAAUACCAAAAGAUGUUCUAGAUGAGGAGAAGUUCAAUGUAGAAUUGAUAGUUCAGUGCAUCCGUGUUUCAGAGAUGCCUCAGACCCAUCACCAUGCCCUUUUACUUUUGGGUACUGUUGCUGGGAUAUUUCCUGAUAAAGUUCUACACAAUAUUAUGUCUAUUUUUACAUUUAUGGGAGCCAGUGUGAUGCGUCUAGAUGAUACUUACAGUUUUCAAGUAAUUAACAAGACAGUGAAAAUGGUUAUUCCAGCACUUAUUCAGUCUGAUGGUGGAGAUUCUGUGGAAGUCACAAGAAACGUGGAGGAAAUCGUGGUAAAAAUCGUUAAUGUGUUUGUGGAUGCACUGCCACAUGUUCCGGAGCACAGACGCCUGCCCAUCCUUACUCAACUUGUUGAUACGCUUGGUGCAGAAAGAUUCCUCUGGGUUCUACUCAUCUUACUUUUUGAACAAUACGUCACUAAAACAGUGCUGGUGGCUGCCUAUGGAGAAAAGGAUGCUAUUUUAGAGGCAGACACUGAAUUUUGGAUUUCAGUCUGUUGUGAAUUUAGUGUCCAGCAUCAGAUACAGAGCUUAAUGAAUAUCCUCCAGUACUUAAUAAAGCUGCCAGAGGAAAAAGAAGAAACCAUUCCCAGAGCAGUAUCUAAUAAGAGUGAAUCACAAAAAGAAAUGCUACAGAUUUUUAAUAUAGACACUCACACUAGCAAGCAGCUGCGGCAUUUUAAAUUUUUGUCAGUGUCCUUCAUGUCUCAACUCCUGGCUUCCGAUAAUUUUAUCAGAAAGGUAGUUGAAAGUGGUGGUCCUCAGGCUUUAAAGGGCCUUGAACAGAGGUUGUUAGAAAUGGUUCUUAACUAUAUUAAUGCUGUAGCACAGUCCAUGGAGAAAAAUGCAGACAAACUAACUGUCAAGUUUUGGCGAGCUCUCCUUAGUAAAGCUUAUGACUUGCUAGAUAAGGUCAAUGCCUUGCUGCCCACAGAGACCUUCAUUCCUGUGAUCAGAGGGCUCCUGGAUAACCCACUGCCAUCUGUUCGCCGUAAAGCAUUGGAUCUUCUGAAUAACAAGCUACAACAGAAUAUAUCCUGGAAGAAGAAAAUUGUUUUCCAUUUCCUAAAACUGGUUCCAGUUCUUCUGGUCAUUGUGCAACAUAAAAAAAAGGCAUUAGAAGAACAAGCAAUAAACAGACAGACGGCUUUGUAUACCCUAAAGCUUUUAUGCAAGAAUUUUGGUGCAGAGCAUCCAGAGUCUUUUGUCCCAGUGCUGAACACUGCAGUGAAACUGAUUGCUCCGCAAGCAAAGGAGGAGAAGAAUGUGCUGGGAAGUGCCCUGCUGUGUGUAGCAGAGGUAGCCUCCACCCUGGAAGCACUGGCCAUUCCUCAGCUCCCCAGCCUGAUGCCAGCAUUGUUGAAAAUAAUGAAAAACACCAGUGAGCUGGUCUCAGGCGAGGUCUAUCUGCUCAGCGCAUUGGCGACCCUGCAGAAGGUUGUUGAGACUCUUCCCCACUUCAUCAGUCCCUACCUGGAAGGUGUUCUGUCCCAGGUGAUUCAUUUGGAGAAAAUCACCAGUGAAAUGGGUUCUGCUUCCCAGGCUAAUGUCCGUCUCAUGUCUGUUAAGAACACACUGGCUACCAAGCUCUCACCCCGAGUCUUACUGCCAGCCAUCAACAAAACAUACAAACAGAUUGAGAAGAACUGGAAGAAUCACAUGGGUCCAUUUAUGAGCAUCUUACGAGAACACAUUGGAGUAAUGAAGAAGGAAGAGCUCACCUCCCAUCAGUCUCAGCUAACCGUAUUUUUCUUGGAAGCCCUGGACUUCCGAGCACAGCACUCUGAGAAUGAUCUGGACGAAGUUAGAAAAACAGAAAAUUGUAUCAUUGAUUGUCUAGUAGCCAUGGUUGUAAAACUUUCUGAAGUCACAUUCAGACCCCUGUUCUUCAAGCUGUUUGAUUGGGCUAAAACAGAAGAUGCCCCGAAGGACAGACUGCUGACAUUUUACAACUUGGCAGAUUGCAUUGCUGAAAAACUGAAAGGGCUUUUUAGUCUCUUUGCUGGCCACUUAGUGAAGCCUUUUGCUGAUACCUUGAACCAGGUGAACAUCUCCAAAACAGAUGAAGCAUUUUUUGACUCUGAAAAUGACCCUGAAAAGUGCUGCUUGCUAUUAGAGUUUAUUUUGAACUGUUUGUAUAAAAUCUUCCUUUUUGAUACCCAGCAUUUUGUAAGUAAAGAGCGAGCAGAAGCUCUGAUGAUGCCCCUGGUGGAUCAGCUGGAAAACAGGCUUGGAGGAGAAGAGAAGUUCCAGGAGCGGGUGACGAAGCACCUGAUCCCGUGCAUUGCACAGUUCUCAGUGGCCAUGGCAGAUGACUCGCUCUGGAAGCCACUGAACUACCAGAUUCUACUCAAGACAAGAGACUCCUCUCCCAAGGUUCGAUUUGCUGCUCUGAUUACUGUGUUAGCACUGGCUGAAAAACUAAAGGAGAAUUAUAUAGUUUUGCUACCAGAAUCCAUUCCUUUCUUGGCUGAAUUGAUGGAAGAUGAAUGUGAAGAAGUAGAACAUCAGUGCCAAAAGACAAUUCAGCAACUGGAAACUAUCCUGGGAGAGCCACUCCAGAGCUACUUCUAAGAUUUUGUUUUGAUAUUUCAUACUCUGUUCAGAGUUCACAUUUAUUUUUCACAUUUUUUGGUGUUUGGUACCAUAUUACUUUUGGUACCUUAACAUCUACUUGGACUGCUCACAGAUAUUUAAAUACUUCUUUAGAAAAUUCCCACCUGUUUUGUGCUCCUACAUAAGCCUCUCCUGCCAGUUGUAUAGAAGUGCAAAAAGUAAAUGAUACAUGGAGUUUUUA